AUGCUAAUUAGCAGCAAUCUCACUAAUAUUAUGGCAUUUGUUACAUUAUAUUUACCAAUUCUAUGGAGUGAUCAAUAUUAUUUCGAAUUUCGUGAAAACGUUGGUCGAUGUCUAACUCUAAUACUUUCAUUAGCCUACAAGCACCCAACAAUCCUUUCAAUUCUAAUGGAGCAAUAUAAUGCGUUCUCAGAAUCUGUCAAAGUCUACAUUUUCUACACAAGACUCUCAUUCGUCGCUCUUCUUGUAUUCCUUGUCAAUGGCAUCGGAACAACCAGCACACGCGAAUUGUUGAUCUACCGAGAAACGCCUUGCUGCAAAUCGACAUAUGACGAGAUUCGAUUAUUACUCAACAAUUUGGAAUUUCACAAAUUCGGCUAUCUAGAACCUAUGACCCAAGACCUUUUCUUCACAUUCGUCCUGUUCACUGUGAUCCUAAUUAUUUCAAUUGUCUUCAAUAUUUUCUUCUAUUUCAUUGUUCUAGUUUUUGGCGAUAAAUCGAGUAUUCCAACCGUUUAUAUUUACAAUAUGAUUUUGGCGAAUAUCAUCAACGCGUUCGCCUCAUUCAUCAUUAUCUAUCUUCCAUUGGUAUGGGACGACGAGUAUUAUUUUGAAGUUUGUGCACUGUUAAUGGUUUGGCUCGAUGCCGUUGAGUAUGAUUCGGUGUGGAGAGCCUCCACAUGUUCUGGCCGGGUUACCGCGUUGCCUUCCGAGACACCGCAGAAGGCGGGGCUCGUUGGGCACGGCAACGAUUCCGGUUGGAAGGUGAAACUAACCUCGAACGCUGAAGUUUCGUUCUCUGGUUCAUCGGUUACCACACCCGCUUCCAACGGAGGGUUGUCGUCGGAGUGUAGUAUGCCUGAGGAAGGGGUUGUUGGCCAAGACGUUUCCAUUGGUUCGUCGAGUAUGGGUUCUGUUCCCGAGUCGGGAUCGUCCAUUCUGAAACCAAGACAAUGA